GAGCCCCUAACGGAAGAGGAGGCGCCGGUGUCGGUGUGGAGUUAAAAUGGCCGCAAAGUCGGAUGGAGUUGGGUACGGCGGCGGCGGUGAUGUUGGUUGUGGUGGCGGCGGCUGCGGCGGUCUUGUCGGUAGAUCGGGCAGCGGCGGCGGCGGCGGCGGCGGCGGCGUCAUUGUCGUGGGAGGACGAGGGGGAUCAGGAGGCAUUGGGGGAGGCGGCGGCAGCAGCAGCAACAAAGGCGGCGGCGGCGGCGGUGGUCGGGCUGGCUUCUCGCAGCCUCACAACCCCAACUCUGGCGCUGUCCGUGGUGCUGGAUCAGCUGCUGCUGCUGCUGGAGGUGGCGGCAGCGCCACGGACUCCCAGCACCACCAGGGCAGCAGCGCCUUCCACAUGUGCCACUGCUGCGACUCGCUCUCCUGUUACUGCGGCUGCGAGAGCGAAUGCCUGCGCUCGUUGCUCAGGCGCCGGCUCGGCCUUCGCCGUGGCCGCCGCCGUGCUGCUGCCGCUGCCGCCGGCGGCGGCGGCGAUGGAGCUGCCGACUUUGACCCCGACGCCGCCGGCGACGUCGAGGACGACACCUGCUCGACCGCCGAGGAUUUCGCUUGGGUGGUGACGGCCGUGCUGGUGCUCUUGUCGGAUGUUGGCACCGACCUGUGGCUGGCCGCCGAUUAUUAUGCCCGCCGGGACGUGUGGUGGUUCGGACUCACUCUCUUCUUGGUGCUAGCCCCGUCGCUCGCCGUGCAGGUGGUCAGCUUCAGGUGGUUCGUGCUGGACUAUGCGGCGGCGGGACUCUCCGUGGGGCUCGGCACGACCAGGUCGAGGAGGCCAAGCCAUCUGGUGUGCCGAGUGUGCCUCUGGGCCUGGCAGAGUGUGCUGCACAUACUGCAGCUCGGACAAGUGUGGAGGUACAUUCGCGUGAUAUACCUGGGCAUACAGAGCCGUCGGCGCAAGGACUACCAGCAUCGCUUCGAGUGGGCCAUGAACUACGAGUACGCAGACGCCAGCAUCCUCCGCCUGGUGGAGAGCUUCCUGGAGAGCGCACCCCAGCUCGUGCUGCAGCUCUGCAUCAUGCUGCAGCACAACCGCGCAGAAACCGUGCAGUGCAUCUCGACAGCGGUCUCUCUGCUGUCCCUGAGCUGGGUCCUCGCCGCCUACCACAAAGCGCUACGGGAUUCCCGGGACGACUGCAACCGAAUGAGCUACAAAGGUGCUAUGCUGCAAAUCUUGGAGGGCUUGACCAUCCUCUCGCGCGUGCUCUCCUUCGCCCUGUUCGCCUCCAUCUUUCAGGUGUACUUUGAUUUUGUGGCGGUGCACUGGUGCGUCAUGACCUUUUGGGUCAUCUACGGCGAAACGGACUUUUGCACGUCGAAGUGGGAGGAGGUGCUCUUUAACAUGGUCGUGGGCAUCGUCUACAUCUUCUGCUGGUUCAACGUCAAGGAGAGCCGGUCGCAGCGGCGAAUGGCCGUGUACUACCUGCUCGUGUCCACCGAAAACUUCGCCCUCACCCUGCUCUGGUACUUUAACCGUGACAGGGCGGCCACGGAAGCCUUCGCGGUCCCGGCCCUUUGCGCCGUCUUUGCCAGCUUUUUCCUGGGCACCCUCUUCAUGCUCUACUACGGCUUCCUGCACCCGGACGGCCGCAAGUUCCGGGCUGCCCUUCUCUGCUGUGCCCAGGUCCUCGACGGCGUCCCCAUCCCGCCGGCGGCCGCGAGGCCACCGCGGCGGCAGCGGCAGGCGCGGCGACGGCGCCGUGCCGGCAGCGAGCGUGACGGCCCCCCGGGGACGUCGGCGCUCGGGGCCUGCGAGCCCGACAUCUUUCAGGCGGCCCGCGCUGCCGCCCCCGUCGCCGCGGCUGAUGCGCCCGAGGGGCCCAUCAUCCGCGUGGACAUGCAGAGGAAACGGUACCCGGCAUGGGACGCGCACUUCGUGGACCGCCGCCUUCGCAGGACUAUCAACAUGCUGGAGUACGCCACCCCAACGGUGGUGGCCAUCCGCUACGGGACCUCACGUUUGCCUACGAGCUCGUGGAGUACGAAACGAGCGUCUGAGCGGCCGGCUUGCCCCUCGCGACCCACGGCUAGUGGCGGCCGCUUCUCUCGUGCGCACGCUCGUAUUUUCAAGGUGCUUGUUUGGGAGGGAGAGAGAUCUUGGCGGGGGGUACGAAAUUGUCCGGUAGUUUCGGCUUCAGUUUUGGUGCGGCUUGACGAGGAGAGGGUCCUAACAGCCAUCGCGGCACCGUGGGAUGGGGGGUGGUGGGAUGCACGGAGUGGAACGGCUAGCGCCGCAGUGCUGGUGUCGUUUCUCACAUACGUGUGCGUGACGAACUAAUGCAAAUUACUACGAUUUCCAUUGCAAUACCACAAGUGAUCCUAGUGCUCCCAACACUACGAAUUACGCUCGUUGUGAGAUUCAUUCCCUGGUGUAAUGUCACACAAACAAAAAAAAAGGUCUAAGGCGUGCAAUGGCGUUUAUGUGUGUCGACUCAGCAGCAAAAUAACUCGUAGCCUGAAUGUUGCAUUCUGCUCAGUUUAAACCCGGGGUUAUGACAAACAAGGAACAUUGGUGCAUCCUCUUCAACUUUCAGCCAUGGAAUUGUCACGCGCCAUCUGUCAUUGAAAUGUAAGAUGCGUGCCUGUGUGUGCGAUACCUUGGAGCAGGAACGUUGAUUCCGCUUGAAAGUUAUAGGGAACGAAGGGUGUGUGAUUGGCACCCAUCCCUUAGGCCAUCUUGCCAUUGAGUAUCCAACUGUAUCUGCUCUUCCAUACCCCUCUCUUCUUUACCUUUUCUUUAUUUGUGGCUUCAUUUUAAUCAAUUUUGUUCCACCUCGCGUUGCAUUCAAUGCUUAUCCCAAUAUGUCCUGUUCACAAAACCCCUGGUUUAAAUAUUUAGGUGCUGUUUAUAAUAAAGCAAGUCUGACCUUAAACAGGCUCUCGGAGACGUCAAUGCCACAUAAUUAUUUGGUCUUGUUUUUGAAUAGCUGUGGCCUUGUAUAUAUUGAAAAUGUGUGUAACUAUCCGUGGUUGUAACAGUAACACUGUUCUCGUUUUAAAACCUACAGGUAACAAAAACUAAAGUGCAAGUCUUAUUAUCAUUUCUAUACACUUAUAAAAGGACACAAUUCCAGAUUACUUCUAAGUUUCCUUAGUAUAUGCAAACAAUUCUCUUUUUCAAUUCAAUUUAAAAUGAAGACAUAUCUUUUACUGAGGGUAACUUUGCAUUGUGCACUUUAUUUUAUGAUCGAAUUGUUAGUCAAAUGUACUUCACAGGAACUUUGCAAACAAACACACUUCUACCAAUUUGAUAAUUCAGAGACUUUUCCUCACCUGAAUAUACCUGAUCCCUAAACGUCACAGCAGUUUCAAUUAUCCGCAUGCUCGUAGUUACACUUUCACGACAGCUGAUUAAACACUGUGCUUUCUUUUUCCUAUAAACCGUCGCCAUGAGGAUGAAGGUGAGACCUUUUAACAGUGCACCGCAAAAAACUUGAUUAAAAAAACGAUGCGAUUCUUAUAACUCGUUUUUUGUUGUUUUAAACUCAUUCAUACUCAGGUGUAUUCUGGUGUGGAAAUUCUGACGGAUGGAACUUCAAUCGCUUACGUCUGAGCACCGCUGUUCUGACGCGGUCGGAUUGCGACUCGCAGCGCCCGGGGGGAGAGAAAGAGAGGGAGAGAGACGCGGCUCUCAAACCCAAUGAGCGUAUCGACGGCUCCGUUGCAGAUAUUGGCGCGGCCGUUUCUUGAUUAAGGUGCCAUCUCCUGGGUGCCCCCCUGCCCCCCGUUUAUUGUCUAGCAGAGGCCUGGCGCCCACCGUGGGCAUGAACUCUGCUCCCGCGUCUGACGGCAGCCUUUACGCGACAUCGCAUCCAGUGAACGUGCAGCGUUGGGGCGUCCACGUUGGCGUGCGGUCGGGAACCGUCGGGCCAACGUGAGCCCGACGUUGGCGCCUGGCCCAACGUCCCAUUGUUUUGCUGGGCACGCAGAGAUUUUGCGGAGGAGUUUUUGUUCGAGCUGAUGCAGUUAAUCCAAGCUUAUUACCGUAGGCUCGGUGAACGGUCUGUUUGUCCAGGUAGUACCCGUCACGAAAAAGGUGCUGUCGCCCAAGUGUAUUAUCAGAGGUAUACCUGGUUACAAUUGUGGACACCUUAUGCUUGCAAAGAGUCACGUUUAAAAUGCCAUUUGUGUCUUGGGUGAUGCCUCAGAUUUGGCAAACAAGAUGCGAUUGCAUAGUCACGAUGAUUGUACACCGACAAUUGAACUCACCUUGUGUCACGCGCUUGAUAUAACGGAAAUGUGUUGCAAAACAAAAAGGAUAAUAGAGUCGUACCAACCGGAGAAUACGUAUAGGUGUGAAUUUGUUUCAAUUCAGGGAUGGUAACGGGAAGGUGGCAUUUAACGUAGUGCUGUGCCGUUAAUAAAGCUCCACGUCGAUAUAAUGCAUUAAAUUUAAUUAUUUAAAAAUUAAAAUUUGUGUGGGUUUUGAACGUUUUCACGACAAUGUUACCAAUGCUAAUCACAAUGCCAGACACUUAGAAGCACAUUGCCUUUGCUGUUGAAAAUCCCCUGGCUGCACAGACCUUAAUAGGGUUAAUGCAAUAAUGUCAUAUUAUUGUCACUCAAAUGUAUGCAGCCUUGAUAAUUGUUGUAUAUCAAACUUUACACGAUAAUAGAAUGGGUAAAUUGUCUGCCUGUAUUUGGCCAAUGCUAAUACUGCUCACUGCUAUCCGUCGUGGGUCUAAUGAUACGUACAUUUGUCGAUUAUUAUGGAUUCUUAAGCUCAUAAUGGAGUGUCACAUGAUGUGUGGAAGAAUCGACGUUUCUGUUCCAUAUGUGUGAUACUCAGUUGGUCAUUGAUUUAUCCUGCCACUGGAGGCUGCUACGCUCACCACAGUUAACAUUUUAAUGGAAUUGGUUCUUGAAUAGAAUCGUCAUCCUGAAUCGCGACAAUUUUUAGAGAGCGGUGUGGUGAAACUUUACACCGCGAGCAUAUAUUAUCACCAAAUCACGCGCUGUAUUUUUGAAGGCAUUCACCAAACGAAGUGAAGAAUUGGCAAAAACAGGCCACACUGCGAGUGUCUCCAACAUGCGGCUGAGUUGCCUUUCGCAUGUAAUGACCUAAUAACCCGGGUCCUUUAACUAAGUAACAAAUGCACUUUCAACUUUACGCACCUGCAUACAUUUUUAGCGGCAUGCUAUUUAUUUUUUUACGAUAUCGGGACAUUCCCAAAAUGCUAGCUUUUUAUUUGGUGGCACGCAGGGUUGUAUUUCCUACGACGUGGAUUCCGUGCCUGUUUUUUUUUACAGGGCGUUAUGUUUGAGAAAGUAAAUUGAGGAAAAUACUUUCCAAUUAACAGCCAGGCAAAGGUGUUUAUUUGUCACUUUGAAGUUUAGCUGCGUAGCAAUGUCUUUAACCUGUGUGCUAUGGCAUACACUGACUUUAUCUAUGGGGGGUGGGGGGGUGGAGUGCAUUUUUAUUAAAGGUGGGGUAUACAAUCGGUUCUAGCCCUCUGCAGUGUCAACCUCAGUUCGUGCUGUGGCAGGGGGCAUUGGAAGAAAAGUCAACUUCCUCUUCCCCAUUAGAUGUACUGCCACCUGUUUGAUAGUUUUCUUGAAAAGACACAGCUGCAACGGUGGUCACGUGCGUGUUUUUUUAAACGUGAGACGGCCAACUGCGAUCGACAGUAUCUCUUUUACCGCGUACCAAACAGCAUAACUAGGGUGUUGUACUGUUCGUGGUGCGUUGCGCACCGUUGAGACGUAGAGCUAUUGUGCAGCCGCUGAUCCCUCCCUGUGUUUUUUACGUAUUCAUUGUUCAAUAAGUGAGUGCUUUUCAAUCGGCCUCUGCUAUGGUGAAGCCCCAGUCGCUGGGUUCGUGUAUUUUCUUUUUCAGUCAGUAUUACAUUUUUUGAGAGAGACAUCCUAGCUGUGGCUGACAGGUUCAUGGCCAAUAAACAGGCGGUGAUAUGCCGAUGCGUUACCAACAAUGAUGGUUUAGACGGUAAUUGCUGUAAAUUUUGUAAAAUCCUACCCCAUCCCCCUCAAAGCCAAUAAAUGGUAUGUGUACAUUUAGAAAAGUGAAACUAUAAAUCUUUCCGCGCGUGCGCAAUUUGAGCUCGCAAAUUGUGGAGGGCAACUGGGGGCGUAAUCGACGCACCCAGCGUAUGUGUUUGUACUCUCCAGCAAUAUUGCCUGCAGUCGUACGGCAGAUCUCUCGCAAGUGUCUCCACUGAAGAGAGAGAAAGCAGUGCUGAAUAUUUAAAGCAAUCUCUCAUUCAACCGGACAGGGUUUGCUUUUGCUUAACCAACUUGGGAUUGACUUGCGAUGACUCAGAGGCAUCACCCGCUUUUACUUAUUAAAGGAACCUCCAUUUGGCAUUGGCCGAUUCAAACGGGUCACAAAAGACACCUUAUUGUGCCAAUUUAUGUAGGGAAUGCAGAAACGCCAGGCUUGGUUUGUCGUGAGUAUAACUGAGGCCAGGGUUUUGCGAUGAACUAAUUCGUGUCACGGCGUUGUAUUUUAGAUAAUGUUGGUGUUUGGACAAAUACAAAAUUGCGGCGAAAUUCGAGGUGGCUUUUUUGAGACACGAGUUGAAUCUGUAAACCUUAAAUGGAAGGUCAAUGCGGCUCGUCGAUUGCAUGCAACGUGCGGCUUAAGUGUGUACCAGGAGCAGUUUGCACUUUUUACUGCAUCUUAGUUUCUCAAAUGGGAGAGUUGCCCCAGCUUAACAGAUAUUGGCACAAAGGACAAUGGUGGAGAAUGGGAAAGGGUAAGAUGGGGUUUCGGGUUGUGGGCAGAGAGGGGCAUUGUGUACUUUUUGAAACACAAGUAACUUAAAUUGAAAUACAUUUGGAUUUAAAGUGGAACCCCUACUCCAAGUGGAAAUGUGCUAAAAAAAAUAUACUUCAGCUCCUGUUGUGAAGAUGUGUCCACAAAAUAUAUACGAGAGGAGGUUGGAAGCAAUGGUAUUCAUUUAGGUGUGGUUGUAGUAUGAUAUGAUGUGUGCCACAGAUUGAGACAAAGGCAACAGAAUUUCAGAUCAGUAUUAAAGUUCACUGUGGCUUGCCAUGAAUUUAGGUAUCUUGGAUAUUAAUGGGAUAUUGUGAACUUUUAACCUUUAUAUAAUUGUCAAAAUAUAUGCGUAUUCUCACAAUUUGGGAAAGUGGCAGUAAGUAGCAUGUGUAACAUGUACUAUGUAGUUAUCGUAAGUCGUUUCAAGAAUUAAUUGUUGCAGUUGUAUCCGUAGUGACAGUAGCAGUAGUACUAAUUGCUGUUAAUUCUUUUUUUUAUUUACGUGUGCAAACAAUUGGCAAUGUAUGCUUCAUUCCUCAGAUGUUUUUCUUCUUCUUACAAAACUGCUAAAUUACCGUCAAAAUCCUACACGCAAUUGACCCCCUGAAUAGAUGCACUGCUGAUGCGAAACGGAGUACCACCUUCCCGGGAGCAAUGCUCCCUUCUCUCUCCCCGAAUCGCUGCUUUGCCCCUCCGUCGCACAGACCCAGUCUGCCUCUGUCAGGCCCUUGGGUGGAAUGCCACCGAACGUCGUUCCUCCGUGCACAGUUUGCACCCCCUUUUAGAAAUCCACUCGGGUGGGAGAGCGGUCCGGUGUAAAUAGGUAUACACGUUGCGUUUGAGGUUCUUCAGCAUCUACAGCAUUGGAUGGAAUAAAAAAGACGUAUUCUACGAACACUGCUGCGAUUUACAGACAUUUAAAAAAGGGAUCAAGAUCACUUUUAAGGUGCUAUCAAUGAACCUCAUUUUCUAAUGUGUCGAAUUUUAGUAAGAUUCUCCUGUUAAGCCUUACUUGUAAAUA